AUAUCAAUGGUAGUUCACUGAAGAGGGGAAAAGAGAAACAAUGUCCUCAUUUUCUUAGUAAAAUGAAUGCCUCAGAACUUCAUGAUAAUGGCUUUCAGUUGCGGCUUCCUUGCGGUUUGACUCAAGGUUCUUCAAUCACAUUUAUUGGCAUUCCAAAUGGCCUUCUUGGUAAUUUUCGGAUUGACUUGACUGGAGAACCACUUCCAGAUGAACCCGACCCUCCUAUCAUUUUGCACUAUAAUGUCAGACUCCAUGGUGAUAAAAUAACCGAGGAUCCUGUAAUUGUCCAAAACUCCUGGACAGGUGCACAUGACUGGGGCGAAGAGGAGAGAUGUCCAUCUCCGGAUCCUGAAAAAAACAAGAAAGAUGCUAUUUUCUCUCAUGUCAGUGGAUGAGCUGGACCAGUGCAAUGAGAUGGUGGGUAAAGGUGAUAACCGAACUAUUAAAGUUAGCAGACAGUCCAAUGGAGCUACAAAGUUUUCUAUGGUUCAGGAUGGGAAACCAAGAAAAUCGUUUCCUUUCAAGCAAAACUAUCUGUUUGUUGCUACACUCAGAGUGGGAUCAGAGGGAUUACAGAUGGCAGUUGAUGGAAAGCACAUAACUUCAUUUGCUUUUCGUGAAACUUUGGAGCCAUGGCUUGUUAGUGAAAUAAGGAUUUCAGGAGACAUAAAUUUAAUUUCCGUUGUUGCUAGUGGCUUACCAACAUCAGAGGAUCUAGAGCACAUAAUUGAUUUGGAAGCUCUUAAAGCGACUCCACUUCCUCCAAAAAGACCGCUAGAACUCUUUAUUGGUGUGUUCUCCACUACCAACAACUUCAAGCGUAGAAUGGCAGUUCGAAGAUCAUGGAUGCAGUAUGAUGCAGUCCGGUCAGGACAAGUUGCAAUUCGUUUCUUUGUUGGUCUGCAUAAAAACCAGAUGGUGAAUGAGGAGCUAUGGAACGAGGCACUGACAUACGGAGACAUCCAGCUGAUGCCAUUCGUGGACUACUACAGCCUUAUUACAUGGAAAACCAUAGCCAUCUGCAUCUUUGGGACGCAGGUCAUUUCCGCAAAAUUUGUCAUGAAAACAGAUGAUGAUGCAUUUGUUCGUGUAGAUGAAGUCUUGCUAUCUUUGCAAAGGAUCGGUACAACCCGUGGUUUGCUCUAUGGUCUUAUCAAUUCAGAUUCCCACCCCCACCGUGAUCCGGAUAGCAAGUGGUAUAUUAGUCUUGAGGAAUGGCCUGAAGACACUUACCCUCCUUGGGCGCAUGGUCCGGGUUAUGUUGUGUCAAGUGAUAUAGCGAAGGCAAUUUACAGGAAGCAGAGUAAAGGACGCCUAAAGAUGUUCAAGCUAGAAGACGUUGCUAUGGGAAUCUGGAUCGCAGAUAUGAAGAAGAAAGGCUUAAACAUCACGUACAAGAGUGACGACCGGAUUUUUAACGAGGGUUGCAAGAACAACUAUGUUGUUGCUCACUACCAAGGUCCCCGAGAGAUGCUCUGUCUGUGGCAAAAGAUUCAAGAGAAACAGAGUGCUGAAUGUUGCGGUGAUUAAAACUAUAUAUUGAAGAUCUAGGAUACACCAAAAUCGAGAAAAAAAGGGGGAAGUCAGGUAAUGCCGCGCUUGUAGAAGAAUUCACGAGGUUAUUUAAGUAGGAGAUUACUCAAUAACAUGCAUAUUGGCAAUAUAGUUACUAGGAUUUGUUAUGCUGUCCAUUUUGGAUGGCAAUGAGGGAUCAUAUGUAAGAGGAAAGUGCCUUUGUAUAGAGCCAUCAAAUUUACCUUGUCGAACAAUAGCCAUGGUUUAUUACAUUCUAUAUUUUGUGUAAGAGGAAAGUGCAUUUGUAUUUCGGAGAAUAUGGUGCAUUUAUUUCUUUUUUA